AUGACCCGAUUCAUCUCCUUCCUCACCAACAGGUAUUCAUGCCAUGCAUGCUCCGACGAGAAGCGUCAGGAGAGGCUGCAACAACUGCUCCUGAGAGUUCACACCAUCGUCGAGGAGGCGGACGGGCGGUACAUCACCAACUCUGGGAUGCUGGUACAGCUCAAGAUGCUCGCGGACGCCAUGUAUCGAGGAUACUGGGCGAUGGGCGCGUUCAACCACGGGUCCCUCAAGGAGACUCUUAUGGCGGAUGAGGAAGAGGAGGAGGUUAGGAGCUCAUUAUUUCGUCUCAAACGUUCUCGUAUAAUUCAUGGGAGUGCUAGAAAACACAAGGCAAGACACCUCAUGGAGUUUCAUGGUGCACUGGAGAGCCUAGAAAUUGCGGUUGCCAACAUCACAGAGUUUGUUGUGAUUUUGAGUGGAUGCGACCGUAUGGUGCGCAGACCAUAUGAUACAUAUCUUUACAUUGACAACUUUGUGUUUGGUCGCCAUUCUGAAAAGCAAAUGAUCUUGAGCUUCCUCUUGCAAGAGAGCCCUGCUACUGCCGCGCCAGCCGUUCUUCCAAUCAUUGGCGGGCUUGCGGUGGGGAAGAAAACUUUGGUUGCGCAUGUCUCUUCAAUUAUGCGCUUGAAUGAAACCGAUUUUUAUACAAUAGCGGAUAGAGGAAGUGCCAUGUCAGGGAAGGGGAGGAUAUUGAUAGUUGUUGAGAUUGAUUCAGAUGUGGAUGAAAAGGAUUGGACCACAUUUUAUUCUUAUGUGGCAAGUAUGGAUGGAAGAAGCAAAGUGAUAAUCUUAAGUAGGCUUAAAAAGAUGGAGAAAUUUGGAACUGUGAAUCCAAUUUUUCUCAAUGUCCUGACAUAUGAGGAGUUCAGCUACCUCUUCAAGGCACUCGCAUUCGGAAGUGCAAACCCGGGGGAACACCCGCAGCUAGUACAAAUAGCAGACCGGUUUGCCAGAGAGUUACAAUCGCGGUGGUCAAUUCUCGCUGCAAAUUUGUUUGCAGAUGUAAUGAGAACGAACCUGAAUGUUCAUUUCUGGCUUAGUAUAUUGGGCAGGUGCAGGAGACUAGUUGAUAGAAACCUCUCCAUGUUUGGUGAGCAUCCAAAAUUACGUCUUGAAAAAGGUCUUCCAAUAGAUGUGACAGACAUGGUUUUGCGUCCUGCUUCUCCACUUCAGUUCAUUUGGAAUAGCUCAAACAAUGUUCCAGCAAAGGAAUUACCACAAGUGACCUUUACAGAGCUAUUAGUGGAUCUUAAGCCAAAGAUGCAGGCCACAGUAGUGAGAUUUGAAUCAAGAAUUCCACCUUAUACUACAUUUGAUCACAUUCUUUCAAGAUAUGCUCAAGAUACUCCUCAGCUCGGGGCCGAGCGUAGAAUAGUGCCUUAA